GGGAAGCAGCUAAAACAGACCAAUCGCUUCUUCAAGCUUUCCCGCUACGCUAAUCAAAGUUCUGCCACCUCUCCCAGAACUCUAUCCGGGGAUGCUCCUCGCCCGGCGUGGCCUGCAGUGAAAGCACCCAGGGAAUCCCAGAAGCGUGGAUGCACACCCCGCGGACCAUGAGUCCCCCGAGGGCGCGAGCGUGGCUCUCGGUGCUGCUGCUACUGGCGGCUGGCUGCCUCUUCGCGGAGGCCCGGAGGGACAAGGGGGCGGCUGGUAGCCCGGUGCAAUCGGUCUCCAGCCCGGGGCCGGGCGGUUCCUCGGGUCGUUUCGUGAGCCCGGAGCAACACGCGUGCAGCUGGCAACUCCGGCUGCCGGGCCCCGGAGCCAAAGCCAGCAGCGAGCUGGCUCUGCGCUGCCUGGGUCCGGACGGGGCGCGCCAGCAAUGCGCCUUCCGCGGGGAGCCCGAGCGCUGCGCCGCCUACGGAGCCCGCCGCCCGCACUACUGGAAGCAGGUGCUGGGAGCGCUGCGCAGGAGGGCGCGGCCUUGUCACGAUCCCACGCCCCUCCACGCCCGCGUGUGCGCCGGAAAGAAGGGCCAGGGCGCAGAGCUGCGCCUGGUCACCCUCACCACCCCGCCCGCUGGCCCCACCACCGCUGUCCCGCGCCUCCCCGGGGAGACCAGGUUCAAGGCCAGGAUCCGGGGGCGACCCCGGCAGCCCGCUCCCGGCCCGGAUGCUCCAGCCUCGCCUUCCCCGAGCGUGCCACCCCGAGAAAAUCCUUCCGAGAGGAAGAUCAAAGCGGGCAAGAGGAAGAUGGCCUCGGAUCCCGGGCGGGAGCGACCCAUGGCCACCGGGCCCGACCCCGAUGGGCUGGAGGAGAACGCUGAGCUCACCCAGACCUACUGCGCCGAGAAGUGGCACUCGCUCUGCAACUUUUUCGUCAAUUUUUGGAACGGUUGAGGCUGC